ACGUUAAAGAGAAUGGCCACAAUCGACAUGACCAGAAAACACGGACAUUUCUUGACCCUAUCUCUGGUGGAGCUGAUGACAGUGUUAGCAGCUAUAGCCCCAGUGUUGCUUUCAAACCAGAUGAGAAUGAGCCACCCUUGCCAGGGAGGCCAACAUUGGCCAGAGGAUCGGUUACCCGGAGGAAAGUACCUCCCAUUCCUCUGUCCGCAGAAAGUUUUGACAGCAGUGAUAGUGCAUACACACCCUCUGAAGAAGGGAAGUCUUCUAUGAAUGGGUCAUUGAAAUCCAUCCGUAACAGUGCCACGAAGAAACGAGCAGAUAAGUUGUUUGAGAAAUUGGAGAAACAGAGUGUUCAGCAGAGCAUCACUGUGACUCCAGCAAGUAACGAACCACUGGAUGAGAGCGGAAUAUUUACUGCAUCGUCCCACACUGAUCAGAACAAAAAGAGCUUUGUAAAGAAGCCAGAUCAGAAAAUUUCUUAUGAAAGUUAUAAUAAUCUACAAGGCAGACGUGCCACUGCUGCCACGGAAACAGUUGAUGGUGUCAGAAAGGGGGCUGUAACUCACAUUGACUACAACCCAACCAGCGGAGUUACCUUCCGUGAAAACUACAACUCGGAUGUCCAAGUUGUGGGCAAGGGCUAUGCUGAGGACACAUCUGACAUGCCAGUCAAAGUGUCUCCAUCUUUUGCAGUUAGCCGACUGAAAGAGAGAAAGAGGUUGAACAGCAAAGGGAUGUUUGACACCUCUUCUAGUGCUGAUCCUAUGGCAGUUGUUGAUCAGUCUCCAGACACUCGGCUAAAGCUCAGAAAGAAUGACUUUAAAGCAGCACCAGCAGGUGUGGUGGGUGUGGCAAUGAGAAGUACAGUAGACCUGUCCAAUCUGGGCUCAGAAACCUCUGUGACAGAUGAGGAGUGGGAAGAU